AUGACAACCCUCACAUCCACCCACCGUGGGUUCGCCUCUACCAGCUUAACUGUCGCUCCCACACAGAACACCGCACCCGUUCAUGAAUUCCGCUGUCUAUACACCCGCGACCUGCACAAGAAGGCAAAGAAAUGGCACGAUGGCUCCCUACGGUUCCGCACCUUCAACCGACGCGUCAUGGUCUACGACGACGCGAAAAAUUACAUUGGGGAUCUCCACUACAGGCAAGAGGAGGAGUUUGCUGAGGGCGUCGAGAUUCAGCUGGACCGCGGUGUGAUGGUGGAAGUCGGAGAGCGUCUCGGUGAGACUCAGACAGAUUUGGCCCCCAUUCUCGAAAGACCACGUCCAGAGAGGCCCCCUCCACCACAACUGGCAACAACGGCCAUGGCAAGUCGUCCUCUGUCCACGGGCUUCCCCCAAAGGCCAAAGUCGCUGUUAGAAGUGCUGGGACCGUCUCAGGGCCGCCUGGGACGUGCGAGGAUACCUACGCAGUCUCCCUUUGAGCAAAGGUGGUCAUCUAGUCGGGCAGGGCCAGUCGAGUCGCCUCAAAAAAGGCAACGACUGGACAGCGACAAGGAAAACCAGUUCGACCAAGGCCACCCACCGGUCCGACCAACAAGGCCGCGCUUACCUCAGCCCGUGCAGCUAAGUCAGACUGUUCCGCCAACUCCUCGCCGCGCGGGAUCCCCGGUGGAAUUUGAACAGGCUGUGGAGUUGUCGUCAGACGAUGAGUCUACACAACCGCCCACGAAGGCGACGAGGCCGGGCACUGGAGUGGUAUGCAACCAAAGAAGGAGAACAGUGGCAGAGCAGCUACCUGUUCCUGAACAACCACCACAUGCGAGACCGUGGCCACUCCCAAGAGUGAAUGCCAGGAAAGAGAAAGCGAGCAGAGAGAUGCAGAAGAAAGCCAAAGCGCCUGGAAAUCCAAAGACAUCCACCAACGAGGAGCCCUCAAAGUCUCGCAUCUCGAGACUGCUGAUCGGCCAACCAAGGCCCCGGCCCAAACUGACUUGUGUGCUACCGUUUGUGAAAAAUCCGUCAAGGCCACAAACACUCCAAAGUCCGUGCCGACACUCUUCUCAAGGACAUAUAUCGUCACCUCUCGAGGAAUACGUGUCGAUGUCAGCCAGGCAGGAUGUCCAAGCCAAUGUCGAUGAUUGUGUGGAAUCAAUUCAGCCCACAUGCUCCGGUCAGUCAAGCACGCAUGGGCCAGUGCAGGAAGAGGACGGCAGUUGCAGCCCUCUAUUCAUACCAGAGGAGCAUCCUAAAGAGGUUUCACCCUCUCCUCCACCGCUCCCAACCCAAGAGGAAUUCCCCUUUCCCGGCUCUGAUAACCGCGAGCUGUCUGAAAGUCCAGCGAAAUCCAGUGUGGCCGCAUGCCUCCAAGCUGAGCAGGUGGCGAUUCCUACACCGCAGCUUGACAUAGAUACCCGAGCAUCUGCGAGUAAAGAAUGCCCCGGCCCACAGCCCCCCUUGGUGGUCCACCAGCAUCCUCCCAGUCAACGCGACCUGUUACCGGGACCUCCCAAUGGUUCUGAUGGACGUCAAUUGCGACGAGUCUUUUCUGAAAAUGACGUGGUGGAAGACGACGGAUUCACUCUGAUCCCAGAACCUGCACCACCGCAUUUGAGAAGCCCCUUGAAGGUGCUAGACAAUGUCCCAGUGAGGAAGAGCCCCAGCAAGCUCCAACGGUGUGCCUCCGACACCAGUACGUUGGAUGCAGACAACCACCACAUGGAAGAAUUAACCGAGGACGGCACCAAAGGGCCCACAGGACCGUGGACUGAGGACGAAGCCUUUCUUUUGUUUGACUGGUGGCCUGCCGACAUGGAAAAGCCGGUAUACUGGAAGGACACGACGGCAAAUGUCUUGCCCCGCGUGCUGCCUGUGACGGCUGCAGAUGUUCGGGCAGGCAUUACAACAGCCCGUCAGUAUCUCUUCCUGCGCAACGAAGUAGAUGUGUUAUGA